CUUGCACGUCUUUUGUUUUCACUCAGUUGGUGGCAGUGGUGGCUAUGUAGCUCACAGUACCUAGUAGCUAGUUAAGAAUACAAAUACGUUUAUCAUGGCUGGUAGAAAGGCAUUAGAAGUGUAUUUAGAUUUAUUGUCACAACCAUGUAGAGCAAUACAUAUAUUUCUGAACUGCAAUAAAAUUUCGCACACGGUGAAAACUGUUGCGAUACGAAAAGGGGAGAAUAGGACUCCAGAGUAUACAAAACUCAAUCCCAUGCAGAAGGUCCCUGUGAUGGUCGACAAUGACUUUGUUCUGACUGAGAGUGAUGCCAUAUUAAAAUACCUGGCCACCAGAUACAAUGUCCCAAGUAACUGGUAUCCCCGCCACCCGGAGAGGAGGGCGAGAGUGGAUGAGUACACAGCCUGGCACCAUACUAACACACGACCACAUGCGGCCAAGGUCUUUAUCAUGGAGGUUUUACUGCCCCGUAUGACAGGGCAGCCCACAGACCCACUGAAGGUGGAGAGGGCUUUAGCAGACCUGGGUGACACUCUGGAGAAGCUGGAGAACAUGUUCCUCAAGAGGCAGCCCUUCCUCUGUGGAGAUGACAUCAGCCUGGCUGACCUGCUGGCCAUGUGUGAACUCAUGCAGCCCCUAGGUGGCGGUAGAGACAUCCUGAAGGAUCGGCCCAAGCUGUUGAGCUGGAAGAGUCGGGUCCAGUCUGCGCUGGGGGACUCUUUUGAUGAGGCACACAUAGUGCUGUACCGUCUCCGGGACAGGUCCAAUGCCAAGCUAUGAAAUAAUCUGAAUAUGGUUUGAUAUGAAAGCUUUCACAAUGAUUAACAGCAGCACUACUCAGAUGAAUGCACUGAUUAUGCUUGUGCUGUCCAUGUUGACCUAGAGAUUGAUGUUCUGUUUAAAGGCUCUAUGGGUGAGUGAUCAGAGUGCUUUACAUGAGCCACUGUAUGAUAUGAUGCAAAAUUAGUAGCUAGAUGGUACAGGUUUACGAACAAGAACCUUGAUCUGGGGUGAAGAUGGGAAAUGUUCAAUAGAGUAAAGAUAAUAUUUUUUAAUGAUAUACAACUGUCAAGAAUUAUGGGAUGCACAACAAUAAAAAUCCUGUGGAGAAUAA